CUGACUGGCCUUGUUGUGUUUCGCUUUAUCGCGUUUCGUGUCAUGCAUCUUGUGUUGUAGAAGUUUGAGAAGUUAAAUUACAGCAAACGGAGGAUCGUAAACUAAAGGAGCGAAGCCUCGGAGAGGAAGCCAGCUGAGCAGCGCCAGGUGUUUUCCGCCGGACAGACAGCUGUGAGUGGCUCUGCAGUGGAGAUGCCUCGAAUAAAGAGGCCUCAUCCUGAUGACCACGCAGGGUUCAGGCCUAAGUUGGCAAAAGCCAGGAGAGGUCUGGAUGUACAGCAGAUUGAAGAUGAAGUUCGCCACAUCCCCAGUCUGGACCAGCAGGGCUCAGACCUCCUCCACAUAAAUGAGGAACAAGAGGAGCUCUUGACCAGUCGGGUGGGAGACCAGCUUAAUGGGAUUGAGGAGACUGAAAUUACCAAGGUCGUAAUCACUGCUGUAAACAGUGAGGAUGGUAAUGAAAAACCUCUGUUCUCACAGCUUCACCAAAGUCCAGCUGAAGACAGCAGGGAGGCAGAGCCUAAAACUAGCAGCUCAGCCAAACAGAUAAAAAAAGAAGCUGAUGGAGGGGACCAUCAAGGACCAGAAUCAACCAGGAACCCAGAUCUUUACAGUCAUUUACAUCCAAGCACUGAUGGAAAGCCUUUAGACCCUUAUGAGACUGAAGUCAGUAUUGAUGAUGAUUGGCAGGAGGCUUUAUCUGAUUCUGGACUGGAAGACAGUGACAGUGCAGAUGUGCAGAUGACAGAAAACACAGAAGAGAAACCAUUUAGCUGUGAUUUUUGUGGACAAAAAUUUAAGAGAGACUCAAAUCUCAAGACGCACAUUAGAGUUCACACAGGAGAGAAACCAUUCACUUGUGACAUUUGUGAACAAAGUUUUACAAAUCAGUAUAAUCUAAACAGACACAUGAGAGUCCACACAGGAGAGCAGCCGUUUGGCUGUGAAGUUUGUAAUAAAAGAUUUUCACAUCCAGGGUCUCUGAAGAGACACCAGAAUGUACACACAGGAGAGAAACCUUUCACCUGUAGUGUUUGUGAUAAGAAAUUUAGGCAGAGGAUUCAUUUCAAGAGACACAUGAGAGUCCACACAGGAGAGAAGCCAUUUCUUUGUGAUAUUUGUUGUAAAAGAUUCAACUGUAAGAGAAAUCUUAAAACGCACAUGAGAGUCCACACAGGAGAGAGACCAUUCGGCUGUGAUGUUUGCAAUAAAAGCUUUUCACAACCAGGAAUUUUAAAGAGGCACAUGAGCAUCCACACAGGAAAUAAGAAUCUUCAAGCAGAUGAAACCAGAGAUGCCGGAUUGGUUUCUGCCAUAUCUGCACUGCCCACAUCGCAGCUGGUUCAGACACAAGUCACAAGAGGUCUAGCUACAACCGCAACAUCUGGGCACCCUGCAGAUAUCCAGUUGUUGCAGAUUGAAGGAGAGGUUUCCUGGAGCCCAAGUCAGGACCAGCAGGAUCCAGAUCUCAUCCACAUAAAAGUGGAACAGGAGGAACUGUUGACCAGUCAGGAAGGAGAGCAGCUUAAUGGGCAGGAAGAAACUGAUAUAACCAGUGUCCUAUUUACUGCUGUUCCUGUGAAAACUGAAGAUGAUGAAGAAAAGCCAAAGUUCUCACAGCUUCAUCAGAGGUCAUCUGAAAACAACAGGUCAGCUAAGCGGAUAAAAACAGAAGCUGAUGGAGAGGACUGUGAAGGACCAGAAUCAUCCUGCAAACCAGAUCUAUAUAGCCACUUACAACCAAGUGCUGAUCGAAAGCCUUUAGAUCCUUAUGAGACUGAAAUCAGUAUUGAUAAUAAUGGGCAGGAAUCUGUUAAAAGUGAAGAUGAUGAAGAGAAACCUCAGUCUUCAGAGCUUCAUCAGAAGUUAUCUGGAAACAACAGAGAGGAAGAGACUCCAAUCAGCACCUUGGCCAAAUGCAUAAAAACAGAAACUGAUGACUGUAGAAGACCAGAAGCAGCCAGGAACCUGGAUUCAAAUAUUAAUUUACAACCCAAAACUGAUGAAAUGGUUUCAAACUCCUAUGAGAUUGAUGUCAGUAUUGAUGGUGAUGAUGUAUGGCAGGAGCCUGUGCCAGAUCGUGGACCUAAGACUGAAGACAAUCACAAGCACUUGAAGAAGAGGAAACCACUCGAGUCAGGCAUAAAUAGUAAUGCGGAGCAUAAUGCUGCUAGGAAGAGAUUUACUUGCACUGAAUGUGAUAAGCAUUUUGUUUACAAGCAAUCUCUUCAGAGACAUGUGGCACGUCAUUUAGCAAAAAAGGCUUCAAAUGGUUUGGUUAAAAGGAAAUGUUCUAGAAAAAAGCAAAAUGUAGAGUCACAAGUAGAAGAGAAACCAGUUAACUGUGACCUCUGUAGUCAAAAAUUUAACAGCAAGAGAAAUCUUAAGGCACACAUGAGAAUCCACACCGGAGAGAAACCGUAUAGUUGCAAUGUUUGUGGAAAAAAUUUUAGACAUCAGUAUACCAUUGAUAGACACAUGAGAAUUCAUACAGGAGAGAAACCUUUUGGUUGCAGUGAUUGUAGUAAAAGAUUUGCACAACUAGGUGAUUUAAAGAGACACAAAGCAGUCCAUACAGGUUUGAAACCAUUCAACUGUAAUGUUUGUGGUAAAAAAUUUAGGCAAAGAAACCAUUUUAAGAGACACAUGAGAGUCCACACAGGAGAGAAACCCUUCGUUUGUGAAGUUUGCGGGAAAAGUUUUAAUUGUAAUAGAAAUCUUAAGACUCACAUCAGAAUCCACACAGGAGAGAAACCAUAUAGUUGUGAUGUUUGCAGUAAAAGAUUUUCAGAACAAGCUAUUUUAAAAAGACAUGCGAGCAUCCAUACAGGAGAGAGACCAUUUAGUUGUAAUGAGUGUCCUAAAACUUUUAAGUGUAAGAGAAAUCUUACAGCACACAUGAGAGUUCACACAGGAGAAAAACCAUUUGGUUGUAAUGUUUGCAGUAAAAGGUUUACACAAUCAGGGAUUUUGAAGAGGCACAUGAGCGUCCACACAGGAGAAAAGAGCGUUCGUCCGGUGGAAGCCGGUGGAGUUGGUCUGAAGUCCAAAGAACUGGCACCAGCCACAUCUGAAUUGGUGCAGACGCAAGUCAAAACAGGUGUAGAUGUCCAUCAGACUAAAACGGAGGUUUCCUGCAGCAAAGACCAGCAGGAUCCAGAUCCCCUCCACGUAAAGGAGGAACAAGAGGAACUUUUGACUGGAUGUGAUGACAAGCUGGUGAAUUUGCAGGAGGCUAAAAUUAAUAUAUCCUCAUUCACUGCUGCUCUGGUGAAGAGUGAAGAUGAUGAGGAGAAACCCAAGUUCUCACAGCUUCAACAAGACAACAUGGACACAAAGCCUCCACCAGGCAUCCCAGCUGAGGAGAUAAAAACAGAAACUGAUGGGGAGUAAUUUACAACCACAUAAUGGUGGAAAGGCUUGAGACUCUUACAAGACUGAAGUCAGUAUUGAUGAUAAACAUGGUGGUGAUGAUGAUGGUGGCUAGCAGGAACCUGUGUCAGAUUCCUAACCUGAAACUGAAGACAAUGGUUAGUAGGAGACCAGGUUCCUGAGUCUGGGAUGUAAUACGGCCAGAAAAAUCCAUUUCCUGCUCUUGAGUCUGCCAAACUCGAGUAAAUGACAAUUCAUUCAGAUAAAAGGGCUUCAAGCUGUUUUACAUGCAAGAAUUGAACAAAUCCACAUUUUUACGAUGCUCGAAUGAUCAUGAUUGCAGUUAAAGACUAAGAGAAAUCUUAAGGUGUGAGUUCACACAGGAGAGAAACCAUGUUGUGGUAUUUGUAAUGAAGAUUUACACAAGAAGAAAUGUACUUGAUUGUAAAUCAAGAUUAAUAACGAUAAUAUUUUUUACAUCUGCACAUCACUUACAUUUAGAUAUUAGACAUUUAGAGGAGAUAUUCUCUCUUUAUCUGAUGAAGUCAUCUUAUUCAAAUGUGUGUUUGCUUUCAUCACAUGUUAAAACAUAUUUCAACGCUAGAACCGCAGAAGGCCUCAUUUUGGCCCCUUAGAAGUUAAUGUAAACCAACAAUCGAGGCAUGCUGGAGUUGCCUAUCAACACAUAUUGUUUACAUACAUUUUGAUAUGAAGGCUGCUGUAACAUGAGCUAGAGGAAGUUAGAUCUCACAGUGAGGCUACAGGCUACAGUGAAGCAGAGACUGAUUCAAUCUACCUCCACCCCUGAGGUUCGAGUGUUAAUCACAUCAUAAAAUUUCAUCAUAUAAUUUGUCACGAGUCUUAAAAAUGCAAUAUUAUACUAACAAUGCUAAGGGAACCAGUUUGGUAUUGCAUGCAGUAAAAAAAAUUUCCCGGUGGUUUCCAGAAAACUGACCAUGUCGUUCUUGGAGGUGCUGAACACAGAUCCUCUUUCUGCCAUUAAAAAUAAAAUGAAGUGACAGUUUAA